AUGGAGCUCGACGAAAAAUCAAGGCAGACAGCCAUUCUACUUUCAACAGGCUUCGUCUCCCUCUUCUCAGGCUUCCUCCUAGGCGUCUACGCCAUCCGCGGCUACCUAAUCUCCCCAGCACUGGCCGACGAGCGACGGAGAUACCACAAAGACCCCGUCGAGAGCGAAGAAUCCGACAUUGACGAGGAUGACACGAUUUUAGACCACGCGCCGAAUUGGGCCAACGGCGAGGAGGCAGAUAAGAGAGACGGACUUCGGUCGGGCGAGUCCAAGAAAUCGAAGGAGAGCGAGGAUGCGGGAAGCUCGAAACCUAGCGCGGCUGUGUCGAUGGGAAACCCGAACGAGGAAUGCAAACUAGUCCUCGUUGUCCGUACGGACCUGGGCAUGACAAAAGGCAAGAUCGCCGCUCAGUGCUCCCACGCCACCCUCGCCUGCUACAAAACCCUCGCGCGCAAGGCGGAGCGGAAUCCCAACUCGAACGAGGCGCGACUCUUGCGACGCUGGGAAUCGAGAGGCCAGAAGAAGAUUGCCGUGCAGAUCAAGAGCCAGGACGACAUGAUGGACCUCAUGGGCAUUGCGCGGAGCUUGGGCAUCACGGCGGAGGUUAUUGCCGACGCUGGGAGGACUCAGAUUGAGGCGGGAAGCUUGACGGUGCUUGGGGUUGGUCCGGCGCCUCAGAGCUUGGUUGAUAAGGUUACGGGGCACUUGAAGCUUUUAUAA